UAAAUGACCAGUGCACCAAUCAAAGGGAAAUUGGUUCCAUUGCCGCCGGAUGGUGGUUGGGGAUGGGUUGUCGUCAUCGGAUCGUUUUUCAUUCAUGUCUUCGCCGACGGAUUUGUUUAUUCCUUUGGAAUUCUCGCGGAAAAACUUAUGAUUGAAUUCAAUUCAAACAACACAAUGACAUCACUUAUCGUUUCUAUGCUGACUGGUUUCACCCUAGGAGCUGGACCACUCGCUUCGGCAGUAUGUAACAAAUAUGGAUGUCGUAUCACAACAAUUAUAGGAGCUGGAGUCGCUUUUGUCGGGUGCCUACUCUCGUGUUUUGCAACAGAAAUUUGGCACUUUGUGAUCAGUGUCGGAGUGAUUAUGGGAAUCGGUUUCGGAUUGGUGUAUUGUCCAGCAAUUGUGAUCGUCACGAUGUAUUUUGAAAGCAAACGAUCUUUGGCUACUGGAAUUGCUGUUGCUGGAGCUGGAGUGGGAGCUGUCGUGUUCGGACCGAUCAAUACAUUUAUCAUCUCCAAUUACGGAUGGCGUUAUGUCUUUGUAUUAUUUCUUUUCGUGAUCAUUUUAUGUGCUGUUUGUGGAGCUACCUUCGUCCCAUUGCAGUUCGCGUUAGUUCCGGAUGAUGAUGAUGAUGGGGAGUAUAACGAUGUUUUCGAAGAUGAGGUGAAGAAAAUCGACUACAACAAGAGAUUCGAAGAAAAGGUGUCUCUUCUGAGUCCACCUCAAGUUUUGGAGAGAUCUAUGUCCCAAUGUUGUGAUAUCCAGAAAAAUAAUCAACACGCCCGCCCGUCAAGCUCUGUAGGAGCCGUUGAUCUUGAGCCUCUCCUUAGACCUCGCUGUGGAACUAUUGGAGAACGAAACAGUGGAUACCUUAAUCGUAAAGACGUGUUCUACACAGGAUCAAUUUCCAAUGUCGCAGAAUUCCGAGCAAAUCCGGAUAAAUAUCGUUCAACAGGUUCUCUUCAUACCGCAUUGAAUAUUCACACUCAUCACACUGGAACAGUUGGUGAUGAUCGAGAAAGCGGUCACGGAUGUGAUCAAAGUUUGGAUGGAAUGAACGAAAAGAAGGAAACUGAUUUUAUGGACGAUAUUGAAGGAAGUAAUAUGUUUAAAACUAUUAACAACAUGUUUUCAUUUCAAUUGCUUCUGGAUCCAGCAUUCCUUCUCUUCGCCAUUUCAAAUCUUUUAACUUCGGUUGGCUUCAAUUCACCACUUUACUUCCUUCCACUCCACGUUACUAAUAUUUUAUCUGAUAAUAAUGUAUCAGGAAACAUUCUUUCGGUGUACGGAACUGCAAACACAAUCGGCCGUCUCAUCUUUGGAGUUGUGGCUGAUCAGAAGCUGCCCCUUCCAGCAGGUCUUGGAGAUGACACUGCUCGCAAUCGUCUCUGGAUGUACAAUAUUUCUCUGACUAUUUGUGGAAUUGUAACCGCCUUCUGCUACAAGUUUGAUGGAUAUAUUCUAUUGGACAUCUACGCUGUACUCUUCGGAUUUACGAUUGCAUCGUAUGUUUGUCUGACCUCUGUCAUUCUUGUUGAUCUGUUAGGACUUGACAAGCUUACAAACGCGUUCGGAUUAUUGCUCCUGUGGCAAGGAGUUGGAACAGUAAUCGGACCAUUGGUAUCAGGAUAUUUGGCAGAUCUGACUGGCAAUUAUACACUUUCGUUUGUUUUCUGUGGAAUUAAUCUCAUGGUAUCUGGACUCAUGCUCUUCGUCAUCCCGUACUUCAAGAGAAAAGACGAUGUAGACGUUUCCAAUAAACAAAGAAGUAGCCAAUAAACCAUACAGAUAUGAUAUCAUUUCAUAAUUAUUUUAUUCAAAAUCAUGAUAUAGCUCUGAUAUUUUUAAUCCUAUUAAUUCAAUUUUAUGGUUAAACUCUCAUCUUUCAUUAGAGUUUUUAAUUUUAAUCCUGUCAAAUAUGUUCGUUUUUCUUUAAUUGUUGAUUUCUUUCUAUUGCUAAAUAUAGUUUUUAGUAAUU